GUCCGGGUGAUCAACGGCUGAGAUCUCCCUGAUUUCUAUUCCGGGAUGCUUACGUGUUGGGAGCACGUCCUUAAUGGUAAAGAUUAGAGUUUCAGCCAAUUAAAGGUUUGCUUAUUUAGCUUGGAGGGAGAGAGAAAUGAGGUCGAGAGGCUAAGUUGGCCAAGAUGUUAGGUUCUUUGGGUCUAUUUCCGGCGCCUGUUUUUGGGUCUUUAUCACCUUCUUUAGCCAAGAACUCCAAAAGGGGUGUGGAAAGAAAUCACCACAUUGUCAAACAAAAACAGGUUGGACUGACUCUUGGGUCGCGAAAAUUGCUUGGUUGUUCCAAAGUCCAUUUUCUACCAAGAAUCUCAAUAAAUAAAACGGUGAAGCAUGGUCUCACAAUCUCAGCAGUUGUGGCAGAUGACAACCCAACAGUGAAAAGCUUUGGGAAAGACAUGGAAAAUAUUGGUCUUUUGAGCAUUGAUCCUGGGUUGGGAUCAUUUAAAGAUCACUUCAGGUAUAAAGUGCAAAGAUAUAUAGAUCAGAAACAGCUCAUUGAAAAAUAUGAAGGAGGUCUUGAGGAAUUUUCAAAAGGUUACCUCAAAUUUGGAUUUAAUAGAGAAGAAGGUGGAAUUGUCUAUCGUGAGUGGGCCCCUGCAGCUCAGGAAGCACAAGUUAUUGGGGACUUCAAUGGUUGGGAUGGUUCCAACCACAGGAUGGAAAAGAAUGAAUUUGGUGUUUGGAGUAUCAAAAUACCUGAUUCUGGUGGAUAUCCAGCCAUUCCUCACAAUUCAAGGGUCAAAUUUCGAUUCAGGCAUGGUAAUGGAGUUUGGGUUGAUCGAAUUCCAGCUUGGAUUAGAUAUGCCACUGUGGACCCCACAAAUUUUGGAGCACCAUAUGAUGGUGUCUACUGGGAUCCUCCUCCUUCAGAAAGGUACCAGUUCAAGUAUCCCCGGCCUCCAAAACCCAAGGCCCCACGUGUAUAUGAGGCUCAUGUGGGAAUGAGUAGCUCAGAACCCCGCAUUAAUACCUACAGAGAAUUUGCUGAUGAUGUUCUGCCUCGUAUAUGGGCAAACAACUAUAAUACAGUUCAGUUAAUGGCUGUUAUGGAGCAUUCAUAUUAUGGAUCUUUUGGGUACCAUGUUACAAACUUUUUUGCUGUAAGCAGUAGAUCUGGAACCCCUGAGGAUCUUAAAUAUUUAAUUGAUAAAGCCCACAGCUUAGGUUUACGUGUUCUCAUGGAUGUUGUUCACAGUCAUGCAAGUAACAAUAUCACUGAUGGCCUUAAUGGCUUUGAUGUUGGCCAAAGCUCUCAAGAUUCCUAUUUUCACACUGGAGAUCGAGGCUACCAUAAGUUAUGGGAUAGCAGGCUCUUUAAUUAUGCCAAUUGGGAAGUAAUUCGCUUCCUUCUGUCCAACUUAAGAUGGUGGCUUGAGGAGUACAAAUUUGAUGGAUUCCGAUUUGAUGGAGUAACUUCAAUGUUAUAUCAUCACCACGGAAUCAACAUGGUAUUUACAGGGGAUUAUAAUGAGUAUUUCAGUGAGGCAACUGAUGUUGAUGCCGUUGUUUAUCUGAUGCUGGCCAAUUCUCUGAUUCACAACAUCUUGCCAGAUGCUACUGUGAUUGCUGAAGAUGUUUCUGGCAUGCCUGGGCUUGGCCGUUCUGUCUCUGAGGGGGGAAUUGGUUUUGACUAUCGCCUAGCAAUGGCCAUCCCUGACAAAUGGAUCGAUUACUUGAAAAACAAGAGUGAUGAAGAGUGGUCAAUGAAGGAAAUCUCAUGGAGCUUAACUAAUAGGAGAUACACCGAGAAAUGUGUUGCUUAUGCGGAGAGUCAUGACCAAGCCAUUGUAGGUGACAAGACAAUUGCCUUUUUACUAAUGGAUAAAGAAAUGUAUUCUGGAAUGUCUUGUUUGACAGAUGCUUCUCCUAUAAUUGAGCGAGGAAUAGCGCUUCAUAAGAUGGUUCAUCUUUUAACUAUGGCUUUAGGGGGCGAGGGCUACCUUAAUUUUAUGGGAAAUGAGUUUGGCCAUCCUGAGUGGAUUGACUUCCCAAGAGAAGGCAAUGGGUGGAGUUAUGACAAGUGCAGACGCCAAUGGAACCUAGUUGACACUGAGCACUUGAGAUACAAGUUCAUGAAUGCUUUUGACAAAGCUAUGAACUUGCUUGAUGAAAAGUAUUCAUUUCUAGCAUCAACAAAGCAGAUUGUGAGCAGCACAAAUGAAGAGGAUAAGGUUAUCGUCUUUGAGCGUGGGGAUCUGGUUUUUGUAUUCAAUUUUCAUCCGGAGAAUACAUAUGAUGGGUACAAGGUUGGGUGUGACUUGCCAGGAAAGUAUAGAGUUGCAUUGGAUAGUGAUGAUUGGGAAUUUGGUGGACUUGGAAGAUCUAGUUCAAUGUUAUCAAGGCGAAAGGCGAUACUAAGGCGAUAGAGUACUCUAUGGCCUAAGGCGAGAGGCGAGAGGUGAGGCGAGGGCCUUUUUGAAAUAAGGCGCCAUAACCUUAAUUGCUUAAAUUAUAUAUAUAUAAAUUCAUACUUUUAAAUAGUUGAUAAGUAAAAAAACAUAUUAAAAAGAAAAAAAAAACAAUAAUUAACAAUAAUAAGAAGUAAAAAGUAAACUAAUUAACAACAAAUUAAUAAUGUCCAUAUAAAUUACACAAUUACUUAUCAAGAACAAAAAGAAAAUAAUCAAAUUAACAACAAAUUAAUAAUACCCAUAUAAAAUAAACAAAUAAUAUCUAAUUAACAAGAAAAAAGCAAAAUUAAUCAAACUAAAACUAAUUAACAAGAAUAACAAGUAAAAGGUAAACUAAUUAAUAACAAAUUAACAAUAUCCAUAUAAAUUAAACAAUUAAUUAACAAUAAUAAAAAGUAAAAAAAUCAAAUUAACAAUAAAUUAAUAAUAUCUAUAUAAAAUAAAUAAUUAAUUAACAACUAAUGUCUAAUUAACAAGGCAAAAAGUAAAACUAAUUAAAUUAACAAGAAUAACAAAUAAAAAUUAAACUAAUUACCAACAAAUCAACAAUACCCAUGUUAAUUAAUCAACUAAUUAAACAAGAAUACAAAGUAAAAUAAUCAAUUUAGCAAUACCCAUAAAAUUUAAAUAAUUAAUUAACUAGAAUAAAAAAUAAAAUAAAUAAAUUAACAACAAAUAAAUAAAUAAUUAAUAAUAAGGAUGGGAGGGGGAAAAAAAGAAAAAAAAUAAAAAGGGACUGCUGAAAGAAGAAGGAGAGGAGAGAGAAAAAAAAAAAGAAAAAAUAAAAAACAGGUGGUCUACGCAGCAGGGAAAGCAGAAU